AUGCGUAUCUUUCCUUCAGGAACAACACUGGGGAAAACGCCAGGAACAACACCUCGAACAACACCUCGAACAACACCUCGAACAACACCUCGAACAACCGCUGAAACAACACCAGUUACAACACCUGGAACAACAUCUGGAACUACUCCGGGAAAAACAGCCGGCACAACACCAGGGUACUACGCCGGGCACAACACCGGGAACAACACCUGGAACAACACCUGUGACAACGGCAGCUACAGUACCUGGAAAAACACCUGGAUCAACACAUGGAACAACACCGGGAUCAACACCUGGCACAACAAAAGCUUCAACACCUGUAAAAACGCCAGCUACCACACCUGUAAUAACGCCAUCUACAACAUCUGUAACAACGCCAUCUACAACACCUGUAAUAACGCCAGCUACAACACCUGUAACAACGCCAGCUACCACACAUGUAACAACGCCAUCAACGACACCUGGAACAACGCCAUCUACGACACCUGGAACAACACCUAUAACAGCGCCAUCUACAACACCUGUAAUAACGACAGCUACCACACCUGGAACAACACCUGUAACAGCGCCAUCUACAACACCUGUAAUAACGCCAGCUACCACACCUGUAACAACGUCAUCAACAACACCUGGAACAACACCAGCUACAACUCCUGGAACAACGCCAUCUACAACACCUGUAACAACGCCAUCUACGACACCUGGAACAACACCUGUAACAGCGCCAUCUACAACACCUGUAAUAACGCCAGCUACCACACCUGUAACAACGUCAUCAACAACACCUGGAACAACACCUGUAAUAACGCCAUCAACAACGCCCGCUACAACACCUGGAACAACAACUGUAACAACGCCAUCUACAACACAUGUAAUAACGCAAGCUACAAUACCGGUUACAACGCCAGCUUCAACACCUGGAACAACACCUGUAAUAACGCCAUCAACAACGCCAGGAACAACACUGGGAGCGACCCCAGGAACAACGCCAGGAACAACAACUGGUACAACGCGAGCUACAACACCUAG